AUGGCCAGGACUGGGGGCCAGGGCAUGGGCAUGGACAUGGGCGCGACGAGGACAGACUGGGCUGGACUGGCGAUGGCGGACAUCCAUGAGCAGGCAGCAGGCCGAGCGAGGGUGUUCCUUAGUCAUCAGGACCUCAGCAAAAGGUCUAAAAUUAAAUCCUUCGCCGGAGCUCUUGACGCAACCGACGGGCAUUUGCACCAGCAGCGUGUCUGGGCCGCGCUCAUCGAUGAUGGCGGUGGGCUGGACCAGACGAUGAUCGCCUCCACUCUUGCUCUGACAAGCGCUGCCCGCAGUUUCGCCCUUCACCAACUGCAUAUUGCUACGUAA